AUGGACGAAGCGUAUAGCAUAGCUCAGGACAAGAUAAAAGAGAAAGGUAUUAAAGCGAAACGCUCAUAUGACCGAUGGGUUCGCAGUUCUGUUCUAGAACCAGGAGAUCGUAUGUUGGUGCGUAAUCUUACCGAACGUGGUGGUCCUGGCAAGCUGAGGCCAUUUUGGGGGAAUGACAUCUACGUAGUGGUAAAUCGGAAGGGCCCGGAGAGCCCAGUGUACGAAACGAAGCGUGAGAAUGGUAAGGGAAAGAAUAGGAUUCUACACCGAAAUUUACUUCUCCCUUGUCAUCAUUUACCCGCGGAAAACCCACAACCACCUGCACCAAAACCACCCCCAGCAACCCUGUGAUAACAACACAGACAACCACUUAGAAACGUUACAGUGCAGGAUGAGGAAGCCUCCAGCGACGAAGACUUCUCUGAUGUGGUAAUGGUCUCCCCACCUCGAGAAACGCGUUCUGCCCAAUCCCGAAACCCGCUACCAACAGACGAGGCAGUUCCUGAUAACAGUGAUAACCUGGCUGUGGACGACAAUUUAGAGACCCUUGAAUUGCAAACCCCUACCGAGACCGAAGAAACAUUAGACCUCAGCGGUGAACAGAGUAACCUAAACCCUGUUCAUGACAUCCCCACCAUACCUGUAGUUGAAAAUCCGAGACCACAGCGAGUACGGCAAGACUUGGGCAUCGAGUUGUUUAAGUCGUUCUAUUUUGUCGUUUAACAAUAACAGAUUUGCUAUCAUACGCAACCGAUCUUUAUUUCUCUCGUCCUCUUGGUUUAAUAGUUCUACCACCUCCUUCGUAUAUUUCGUAACCAGCGGCGUAACGCAACCGCUGGGGGCCCUCCGUCAAUCGGCCACUUUUGGCCCCCCUUUGCUCCACUAAAAAUAGGCUGAAUUUACGACUUAUGUCUACACAACAGCAAUCCUCACUUACAUAAUAUUUGGUUACACAAUGGACUCCAAUCCAUUACAUUGUCGAGAUUAUGCCUCCAAAGAAUCCUCAACACAAAUAAUAUUUGUAUUUUAUUGACAAUAUAUCAAAAUCCCUAUCAGUACGAAGUUUGGACUGGAAAACCCGGCCUACACAAAAAAAGUUCGGACUCGCGCGUCCUACGCGUAAACACAACAAUUAAAUGGAAAAUUGAUAAUAUGCUAAAAACCCUAUACAAAGUUACGAAGUUUAUCGAGAAAAUCUGUCCUUCCUUCUAGCAUUAA